AUGGUGCAAGAUACUAAAUCUGAACUCCACAAUGCAGCUGUGUCAGCAGUUGUUGGGCUCAUCCAAAGUUGGGUCGACCCAUUUGAUCAGAAGAAUGACCUCAUUAGUACCUCUACAACAAAGGCAGUCCCUAGACACAUCACUUCUGACCUCAUGAAGGCAUAUGAGAUUGGAGAGAAAAACUAUGCCACUUUCAGGAAUGAAAGACUAGAGAAUGAUCCACCGAACCCGCUCAAACUAUUUCUGGAGGUUGCAGACUCCAACAAGAUCCCGGUGUUUUUAAUAGAUACGCAAAUAUUACAGGCCAUAUCUGAUUGUCAGGAGACAGGGCAACGCCUUGAAAUGUGCAGUUGUUUCUACCAUGCAGAGAAUAACAUCAUCACUUUUGCCGUGUUAGAAUUAGAUUUAAAAUAUAAGGAAGCAUUUUUUGAUGAAAUGAGACAAAAAGGUUUUACAAGCAUAUCUAUUACUGGUCCAGAUUCUACACAGUCAUCGGCGGUUACUCUGCACUAUAUAUUUGCAAAAUCCGGAUUUGUUGUUCAUCUAAUAUUUUUUUAUGAGAGGAUUGGUAACUUUUGGUGGCAUGGCGCACUCACAUUGGAGGACAUACAAGCAGUUGGCAUGGGAGAAAAUGCAAAGGGGGUGGAUCUAUCAAAGUGUGUGACUGGACAGCAUGCACAAGCCUUUGAUAAGAUGGAUAUUGUGUCCAGGAAUGUAGAUGGUGUGACGAUAAACGUGCCAAGAUUCCCACUGGUGCUUUUGAAUCAAAAACAAUACUCGAACUUUGUUGGUUGCAACUAUACCAGGGUUAAAGUGUUCCAGAAAAAGAAUGGCGCUGAUAUGAGCAAAGUAGCAAUAAAUUUCAAGAUUCGUGUUCGGACUCUGUUGCAUGAUACGAAGAAGGUACUUGAUGGACUGGGAAUUCGAUUUUGGUUGAGCGCCGGCACCUUAUUAGGGUGGUUUCGAGAAUGUGAUACUAUGCAUUAUUCACGAGAUGUUGAUAUUGAAAUAUGGGCAAAAGACUACGACUCGAGAAUAAUACAGGCAUUUCAGGAUGCUGGAUUUUGUCUCAUAACUAAUAAUGGAAAGCCCGAAUUUGGUUUAUCAUUGGCUUUCAAACAUGAUGUGGGCCUCAAACUGGACGUGUUUUUGGAUUAUGAAUCAAAUGAUUCCACAUGGAAUAUGAUGACGUAUGAUAGCAAGGAAAAUUACCAACAAUUCAAGGUCACGCUACCUCGAUUCACACUCUGUUGGACUGAAUUUCUCGAAAUGAAGUUAAGCGUUCCCUGCGAGAGCGAAUUGUACAUUGUAGAAUCAUAUGGAAAACAAUGGACUGAACGUGUGAAGACAUGGGACCCGUUUAAAAGUCCACUGAACGUUGUGAAGGUGGGAGUAUGGAGCAAAGCCGACUCAAUGAAGUUUGGGAGACAUCUAUGGGAAUGUUAUUACCAAUCAUUGAAUAAGUUGGCCUAA